CUCCCUGGGUGUUGCGAUGCUCUGGACAGUCUCCAGUUGGGAUCACUGUGGAAAGGGGCACAGUGCAGAGUGGGGUGGGCUGGAACACCACACUGUCUGUGGCCAAUAAUUCCGAGCUGUAUUCCGUCACCUGGCUGGAUCCGUCCGGGAGCAACAUCCUGACCCGGCUGAAUGACCGGCUGGAGGUGAAGGAUGGCACCGUGUAUACAGACCGCGUGCAACUCUACAGGAACAGCUCGCUGACCAUCUCCAACACCCGCCUGAGCGAUGAAGGGAGCUACACCGUUACCAUGGAUACCCCGGGAGGGUCCGAAUUCGGGCCCAACACUGCCGUGCUCGUCCUGGAGGUUUACGUGAUGGUCACCAACGUGUCGAUAGCCAUGACUCCCCUUGAAGUGUUUGAGGGCCGGUCUGAGGUCACACUGACCUGUAGCUCUCUGACUGGCUCACGAGUGACCUCGAGUUGGAUGAAGGAUGGGCGCUCUCUGACUAACAACAGCCGAGUCUCUGUCUCCGGGAACAUUGUGCAGAUUCAGUCUGUCAGCCGAGGAGAUGCGGGCACGUACAGCUGUACCAUCCAGAACCCGAUCAGUCAGAGCUCUGCCAACCAGACCCUCACUGUGUUCUAUGGUCCGGAAAACGCUGAGAUCCGCUCGGUCUUCCAGUCGGACUGUGCAACCAGUGGCCUGUUCCUCGCUGGUAGAGUUGGCACACUGACCUGCCAGGCCAUAUCCGUGCCAACCCCAGAAUACACCUGGUUACUGAAUGGCCAGGCUGUUGGACAGGGCAGUGUACUCUCGUUCUCUGGUCUCAGGGCUAACCAGACAGGAAACUAUACCUGUAUCGCUACAAACAACCGAAACAACAACCAACUCUCCGCAUCCACACAGCUCACUGUCGUCGGUUCCUGCCUGACCGUUGGGGGCGCGGUGGGAGUGGCUGUUGGAUCUGCUGCUGCCCUGAUACUCCUCAUCCUGCUGAUCGUGCUUCUGGUCAGACGCAAACGCACCCAGAAGGAGAAAGUAGCAAAGAUGGCUGCCUUCAGCUCCAGCAAGGAGAAGGUGAUCCCGUGGAUUAGUCAGAACCAAGGCCUGGAGCGGUCCGUCUCCCCCACUCCAGUCUACAGCUCCCGUCCGGAAUCUGUCUACAGCAGCUACCCGCCCUCCAAUGGCUCGAUGGUAGCAUCCACAGUCGAUGGUGGAGUCAGCACCUACUCCGUUCACACAGGACACACUGGGCAAUUGUCGACUUUGGUGUGAAGUGGAGUCGGGCGAGGGGAUGGUGACCCUGGACUGACCUCAAGGGGCAGACUGUUGGAGGGGGGGU